AUGGUCAAUAGAACUAAUGGGCUCAUUUCAACCAUUGCUGGUAAGGGAUCAAUUUGUGGAACUAAAUUAUUAGGAAAUGGUGGAUUAGCAAAUAGUACAACACUUUACAAUCCGUUUGGUGUUGCGGUCGACUCAUUUUUCAAUGUUUAUAUUGCUGAGAGUUCUGCAAGUGUUAUUCGAUUUGUUGAUAAAUCAACAGGUAUUAUUUCAACAUAUGCAGGUGAUGGCUCUCCAGCAUAUAGCGGGGAUGGUGUAUUGGCAAGUCAAGCUAAAUUGAAUUAUCCUAAUUUUGUAACUAUUGACAACUUGUCAAAUAAUCUUUUAAUUGCUGACACUGCUAAUUUUGUAGUAAGAUAUGUGAAUAGAACAACUAGAAUUAUAUCGACCAUUGCAGGAUAUAAUGUUAAUGGAAAUAGUGGUGAUGGUCUUCCAAGUAAGCAAUCAUCCUUUUCUUCCUUAUUUGGAAUAACAACAGACAUGGAAGGAAAUGUAUACAUUGUAGAUGCACCGAAUUCUGUUGUUAGAAUACUAAUCAAAACAUGUGAUAGCUUAUUAUUUACCUGUAAUAAUCAUGGUUCAUGUCUUUCAUCCCAAACUUGUAAAUGUAAUUAUGGAUGGAGCACAGAAACAUGUAUCCAACCAACUUGUUUUGGUAUUUUAGCAACCACUAAUGUGGCAUGUAGUGGACAUGGAAAAUGUUCAUAUGUGGAUUUAUGUGAAUGUGAUAUGGACUUUUUUGGUAAUGAAUGUGAAUUCUUUAAAUGUUAUGGAAUUAAUUAUAAUAAUCAAUCUGUGUGCAGUAAUGGUAGAGGAAACUGUUCUUCACCAAAUAAUUGUACUUGUCAGAAUAAUUAUUUUGGUAAUGAAUGUGAAUUAACAACUUGUUAUGGAAUUGAAAGUAAUAAUUCCAAAGUAUGUUCUGGAAAUGGUAAAUGUAUAGGAAAGGAUGAAUGCUCAUGUAUGAAUGGGUAUGUUGGCGACUAUUGUCAGCAUACUGUUUGCUUUGGUAUUUAUGGAAACGAAACAUGUUCUUCUAGAGGAAGUUGUAUAGCACCUGAUAAUUGUGAGUGUUUGGAUGGCUACGGUGGCAGAGAUUGUAGACAUUAUGAAGUUUUUAUGGAUUUUGAAACUGUUUCCAUUCAUUCAUCUCAUCAUCUGUUAAUGAGAAAGUUAACAAGUGACUUAUUGGAGUGUGGAGAGAUAGUAUCAGAAUCGGAUAUAUUAAAAUUGGGGGAGAAAGAUUCCCUUAAAUGUUAUUGGAGGGAAUUAAGUGGAUUUAGAAUAUAUUUAGGCUAUAAUCAUAAUAUAACACAUGGUUCAGUUUUAAAUAUCAUGAAUAAUCUAUUGACCAUACAUGUUAAUGCAUCUAUUUCAGAUCAAAUUAGAAAAAGUAAUGAAAAUGGUGUUGUAAUAGGAUUUCCACUUGAUGUAUUUCCAACUAACAAGGAUUUAUUAAUUAGAUCUCAACAUGAUCAACACUAUAAUAAUUUUAAAUCAGUUUCCCAGAAUUGGAAAUUUUCUACAGUUAUUCGUAAUACAAUUCAUCCAAUUCAAGAAUUACUAGAUAGAAACGAUAACAAACCGAUCGUUAUCAUUCCAUCAAUUAAUAUUUCGGAUCUUCAAUCACUAACCAUAUCAACAUUGACAAUCAAUGAUUUAUCAAUUCAAUCAACAAGUGAAAGAACAUUUGCAUUUGAGAAAUCAAAGGAUAUUCCAUCACAAUUUAAUAUUUGGAAUGAAAUUAGUUCACAAUCUUAUUACCAAGAUUGUAUAGGACAUAAUUGUAUAGUUGAAUCAACAUUAAUUGGAAUGAAAACAUCACUCACUUAUUCUUUUAAUGGAUUUUUAAUUGUAAAAAGUAAAGAAUUUCAAAAUAGACAAAUAUUUAGAAUUACAAACAAAGUUGAAAAUGAUUUAUUGAAAGAAAAUUACAAAGGAACAAUGCAAGUAGUAGGAUUGAAUUUAAAUUCAUACUCUUCUUCUUAUUAUCAAGUUGAUUUGACAUAUUCAUCAUUUGACAUGUUGGAUAUUUAUCUUGUUGGAAUUAACAAGACAUAUUCUAGAAAUGAGGCUAUUGUUUUAUCUACUUCUAUUAUUGAUCCCUUUGUGUUUACCUACUCAGAUAUUAAUAGUUUUAAACAAAGAUGGUCAUAUCAAAAUUCAAUUACUAAACAAUAUGAUUCAAUUUUUGGAAGUCAGCUCUAUAUUGCACCGCUACCUGUUGGAUUAUAUGAUAUUUCGUUAAACGUAACUACGAAGUCCAAUGUUUAUACUUUUUAUGGUAAAAUUGAUAUUGUAAAUUUUGAAAAUAUUCCAUCUAUUAACAUUAAGCACGUUCCAGCAAUUUAUCCCUUUGGAUCGAAUAUAUAUAUUGAAAUGUCUAUAAAGAGCGACAUUCCAAUCAAGAAAAUUCAAUGGAAGUUACUAGAGGGAAAAUUUGAUAGCAAGCAAUCACUAACUAACAAUUAUAAUGAAAUUCUAGAACAAUCAUUUAAUCCAAUCCCACAUUUUGUAAAUACGCAACAAUAUAUGUUAAAUAUUGAAAAAAAAUAUUUGAUUGAGGGUGAAAGAUAUCAAUUUCAAAUAGUGGCAUGGAAUGAAAAUGGUCAAUAUGCUAUCUCUAACAUUUCAACACGUAUUGAUAUGUCUCCUAGAUUUUGGUGUGAUAUUUAUGAUCCAAUUGGAGAAAAUAAGGCAUUUACCAGUACGUUUGUCGUUAAUUGUGUGAAUACUAUUGCGGAGAGUGUAUCUAGUUAUUGGAUUGAUGUUUGGGAUAAUGAUACAAGAUUGAUGAUCUUGUCAAAUACUCAAAAAAGAACUUUUAUUACAAAAUUACCAUUUACCAAAUCUGGUUAUUUGAAUAUUGGUAUUAAACUUAUCAAUAUGAAUGGUUCAUUUUCAAGAAUAUUUAGAAAGGUGAAGGUUAAUAAUCCUAUUUCUGAUCUUUCACUACAAUCUAGAAUUAAUUUUAUUUUUUUAAAUUUUAAUAUUAUAAUUGAAGAACCUAUUUCCAUAGAUACUAUCAUUAAACUAUCUUGUCUUCUUUCUCUAAUUGAUAAGAAUGAUGAUUUUACAGAAUUAAAUUCUGUUGAUAAGAAUAUACUUGUAAAAAGUUUAACAUUAUUAAUAACAAACUUGGAUAAAAUUCAACAAAUUGCAUUAAAUGUUGAUGACAAGCUAAUUCAAAUCAUUCUUCCACUCCUUUCCAAAGUUACAACAAUUAUUCAACACAUAUCAUUACAAUCUAUUAGUGAAACUGUAUUAUUACAAAAUAUUAAGUGGAUAAUAAGUGGUUACAAAAAUAGUUUUCAAUAUUAUUCUCCUUAUAUUAUGAAUCAUUUAUUAGAUUUUACUCAUGCUCAAGAAUUGGAAACAUUGUUUAAGACGUUAUUGGUUAAAGGAGGUGGAAUGAAGUCAACAGAAAUGCUUCCGAAUGUUGUUAAUAUUAUACGCAGGUCCUAUUUCAGUAGUGGGCUGGGUUUACAAAAUCAAACAAUUUCUAGAAUUUUCAAUUCAUUUGGAGCGAAGGGAUUUUAUGAAGAAAUUGAUACUGCAUUACAUUUAUUAAAUGGAAAACAAUUCAAUUUCCAUUCUAAUCAAGAGGAUAUUCAAAUAGAUUUCAAAGUUUUAAACGAUGUUCAAUAUAAUCUAAUUACUCCUUACAAAGUUAAUUUGAUUUCAUAUACUACCAAAUCAUAUUUGAACGUAUCAGAUAGUGUAUCUUUGGCAUUCAUGUAUGAGACUGGUGAGAUAAUACCUACUACAAGUUCUAAAUAUUCCACAGUUCAAAUCAAAUUCAAUAAUGUGACACUAACUCUCGAAGAGGAUAACAUUUCAUUAUUGAAAGUUUUUUGUGUAUCAUAUGAUUAUAGUAAGGAUACUUGGAACACUGAUGGAAUUGAAACGAUAUUUAAUAUUACACAAAUCAUGAAUAGAACUAUUACAUUAAAUGUAACUUGUCAAUAUCUAUCAUCUGUGGGCUUGACAACAAUAUCAAUUCAAAAAGGUUUUUCAACCUACAGAAAUACAAGUAGUAGUAUUAUUCCAAAUACUCCACAAUCAGAUAAGAUAAUAGCGAUUGUAGUGCCUAUUUCAAUAUUGUUACUCAUUUCCAUUUUAGUAAUUCUAAUAUGUAUAGGAAUUUACUAUUACAGAAGUAGAUAUUGGAGCAAAAGAUUGAAAAAUGAAAAAGAAAUGGAACAAAAACUCUUAGAAAUUGAAUUGGAAUUGAAUGAUAAAAACCCUCAACCCAUAUCCUAUCUAAUUCCCAUUGAAGAAUUGGAGUUGAUAAAAAAGAUUGGAGAAGGAGGGUUUGGCCAAGUUUACCUUGCAAAAUGGAAACAUGUUCAAGUUGCAGUGAAAUGUGUCAGUAAUUAUGAAGAUGAAGAACAAAUAGAACAAUUCAACGGAGAUGAUAUGGAAGAUGCAUUUGAAAAGGAAGUUUUAUUGUUAAAUAGUUUAAAACAUCCAAAUGUUAUUCACUUUUUUGGAGUUUGUCUUACUCAAACUAAAAAGUUAAUGAUUAUGGAAUAUUUGGAAGGUGGGUCAUUGGAUAGAAUUGUUUCAGAACUUCGUUUAAAAAGAAGGAAAAUGUUAUUGAGAGAAAAGAUUAGAAUAUUGUUUGGUGUUUCGAAUGGAAUGAGUUAUUUACACAAUUUGAAACCUUCAUCUAUUAUUCAUAGAGAUCUCAAGACGGCAAAUAUUCUACUUGAUAAUUACAUGCAACCAAAAGUGUGUGAUUUUGGAUUAUCAAAAUUGAUUGGAAAUAAUAAUUCAACAACAAUGACUACUAAUUUAGGAAGUAUUUUUUAUAUGGCAGAAUUAAUUGGAGAUGGCUAUCAAAAUAUUACAAACAAACUUGAUGUGUACAGUUUUGGAAUUAUCAUGUAUGAACUCUUCUUUGAGGAAAAUCCAUUCCUUAAUCAAAAUUCAAAGAAAAUUCAUCGGUUCUCCUCCAAUUCAUCAUCUUCAUCAAGCUCGUCAGAACAAUCAAUGGAAUUGAAUAGUUUUAGCGUACCUGUUCGAGUAUUGAAUGGAGUUAGACCUAAAAUACCCUUCUCUAAUAUGAUUGAACAAAGACAGUGGAUAUCAGAGUUUAUGAGUGACGAUUAUGACCAUGAAAAGAAGAGUGAUAUGAAAACAAUCAAUGAUUUGUGUAAACUUGUGGAUGAUUAUAUCAUGUUGAUGAAAAUGUGUUGGGAUGUUGAUCCUGAAAAAAGACCAUCUUUUGAUGAAAUAGGACAAUAUUUGGCUGAUGUAAUGUCUAACUAUCAACUUUAAUAUUUAGGUGGGUCUUUUCUUAAUUGUUUUUUGGAGUGGUAGAUUAUCUUGAAUUAGAUUUGGUUUACAAUAGAAUGAAGGUACAUCCAAUUAGGACGAAACAAAGUGCAAAAACUAUGAGUGAUCCCACGAUCAGUGUUACAUUGGAAUCAUUUCUCUUUGUUUUAGUUUGUACUUUGGUAUAUUCUCUCAUUAAAUCAUCAUCAGAAAAUCCAUAAAGCUCAUCAAUAGAUUCAUCAU